AUGAGUUAUUUGGGUGAAACAAACGAAGAAUGUUGUUUAUGUCCUCUGGAUUCUGCUCGUUUUAUAAUGGAACGAGCUCGACAUGUUUCAAUAAGUCCUUCAUCUCUUCAAAAAUUGGCUAAUACUAUUUCUUAAUAUGGUGGACAUUUUGCUCGAUGUAUUGAACAAAGUGGUGGAAGUGCUGUCGAUUUUGUUGAAUUAGUUCUUAAAAGUUUCCCAUCUUAUAGAGAUGAAGCUGUUUAUGAUGGACAACGAGUGAGUUUUUGUAAACGAGCUCAAAUUUUAAAUGGUUUAACAAUGUUUGUUGAUUAUCGUGUUCCUCAAAUGUUAUCACAUAAAGGUGUUCUGGUUUAUUCAUCUGCAUUAAAAGGUCAGCUUCGACGAAAGAAAUUGAUUCCAUAUGGAGAUCCAGAUGAAUAUAAAAUUCGUGCUGAAUCAAUCUUAACUGUUCAUCUUAUUGUUAAUCAUGCUAAUGAAAAAAUUCUUUUAGAAAAAGAUACAGAUGUUGAACAAAGACUAAAUGCACCAUUUGUUGAUGCUUAUUUAUGGAAAAAAGACGAAAACAAGCUCAUUUAUACGAACAAACAUCAUUUCAUCUUACUAGAUCAAUAUUCUAUUAACUAUUUUUUUUUUCUCUUCAAUUAUUCUAAUACAGAAUAUUUUAUUCAAUUAUUUAAAAGAAUGAAUAAUAAAUGA